GCCCCACCGGCGCGCGCGCCGCGUACCGUCACUCGCGCGCCGAGCCCGCGCGCCAUACCAUGCGUCGGUCGUGAAGUGCAGUGAAAAUUGUAUACAGUAAAGUUUAGUGAACAAAAUGAUGCUCCCCGCUGUUGUGUUUGUACUCGCUGUCGCUUCAGAAUGCCUAGCGGCCCAAUCAGAUCGCUCACGGCACGACAGCAGGCGCUCUGGACCAAUCAGAAGCGUUCCUGUCGCCGCUGACAUCAAACGGGAUGCCGACUUCGACUGCCCUGAAGAGUUCGGAUAUUACCCACACCCUAACGACUGCACUUUAUACUACGUAUGCGUAUUUGGCGGCGCUCUACUUGAGUCUUGCACUGGUGGCCUUAUGUACAGCCACGAGCUCCAAACAUGCGAUUGGCCGCGCAACGUUGGCUGCGACGCCACCGGCACCGGCGCAGCCCUGGUCUCCGACGACCUCGAACGCAUCAGCGAGCGGGAACGCGACCCCCCGCCCCCACCCCCGCCGCGCCGCAACCCGCCGCCGCCUCCUCGGGUGCAGCCCAACCCUAUCGUUACCUCUAGAGGACAACCCAAGUUCAACCGAGAUGAAUACGAAAAGCAACAAUUAUACGCUGAUGUUGAGGAUGAUCUACCACCAGUUGAAGAAAUCGAAAGCGACAGACAACAACGUGUUUAUCGAGGACAGCCAUCAACCAUUGGACAAGUGCAGAAAGACAGGGACGGUUAUGUUUCGCAAGUCGCCAGCACUGGAAGAAAUAUUAACAAUAAUAUUAUUCCUGCAUCUAUUUCACAAAACAAUGGUAAAAUAGGGUCCUUCUCUUUUGGCACACAAGUUGAAGAAAGAAGAACAGCUACCGCUACUCAAGCACCUCAGACCUAUCGUGAGGACACAAGUGACAACGUUACUGACUCUCUUCUUGACGAACAGUUAGACAUUGUAACGAACGAGAUAGACAGAAAUAACGUUAUUGAAAAACCUAUCAUAAGGAGUAAAAGAGAAGUUACCAACGACAGUUCUAACAGUAAUACAGAUAAAAUCUCCGAAAGGAGUGAUAGUGAUGAAAUAAUGGAAUAUAUAGAAAUGGAUCCAACAGAAGAGGAUGACGAAGAAGAUUUACAUGAAGAUAGUGAAAGAGGAAAAAGACAAAUUAGAUAUUAUUUAAAAAAUGGUUUUAAAACUGCAGUAAAAAGCUGGCCCAAUUCAAAACCUAUCAAAUUUAUCGAUUUACCUCCUCAUGUUAGUAACCAAAAUAUAAGGCACCAGUCAUCAUUAAACGGACUUCAUAAAAAUAAUUUGUAUGAUGCGUCCAGCAAACCUUACACAGCCGUUAACAAUAUAUAUUCUACUGCAAAUCCUUUCGCGUACCAAAAUGAUAACACACAAUCUCAGAGGCCAUUUAAGGCUAGUCCUUCUGAUCCAUUCAGUCAAAGGUUACCCCAUAAUCCUAUGAAUUCUGCGACUCACAUUAUUACAAAAAGCCCACCUAUAUCAGCGCUGAAAAAUAGUGAAAACCCCUUUGCAGCAUUGGCCGGAGGAUUUUAUAAUAAUGCUCCAAAACAAAAUAAUCAAAACACUAACCGCUAUCCUGCUCAGUCGUUUUAUACUAAUAACCAUAAUAGUCAUAAUAUAGUGCAUGACUCAUCUCUUUUGCCAAGUACGGUAGUCACUGGUAAACCAGUUUCAACCAUUUCACCAUAUAACAAAGCACAGAGAAGCCCAUCACAAUCAUUUAAAGGCGAAUCAAAUCGACCUGAUGCCUAUAAUAGACCUGAACAAGAAAAAUAUAAUGAUGAAGACACUUCAAAUGAAAAUGAUGACGAGGAGUCUUCAGAAGAAAGCUCUUCAGAAAAAGAUGAUGAGGAGGAAAAAAGUUACUAUAAAUUUGAUUUUCCCGAACCACCUUACGAAUUUACACAUCCCAAAAAUAAAUAUGCUGACAUUGAAAAUCCAUUUGCAAAUCCCAAUUUCGAUUUUGAUGCAUUCUUAGAAAAACUUAGGGAUGAGCAUUAUGAAGCUGUAGGUGUCACAACGCCGAAGCCAAAAGUGAAUCAAAAUGCUGCAUUAAUCGCGAGACCAUCUGAACGGCCUACCUCUGUAUCAGAAAAUUCUGGAAUAAGAUCAUCCACAUUAAAUUAUCAGGGUAUGAGUACGCCUCGACCAUUUAGCUCAAUUAAUCUCCCCAGCGCGUCUGUUGGUUCUAGUCAAAUUUAUUCAAAGGUGCCUACAACGAAACAACCUGAACAAUCACAGCAGUUGAAUUUUAGACCCCUGCUUCAUCAUCAGCAGACAGUUAGAUUAAAUAAUGACCACAACCAGGAUGUACAACAGAGCGCUGGUAUACCAUUAGACGCUGCAUUGCCUAAACUGAAACCGCCAAAUUUUAGAGAUGAACGCAUUUUACCAAUAAAUUAUAACUUUAACAAACCUAUAAAUUCGACACAGAUACCUAAUUUAAACCAAACACAGCAUAAAGGGGCAACUCAGCAAGUGUAUUCUAUAACCCAGAGGCCAUAUUUACUACAAACGGGAACAGGAGCGCCUAAGAUAUUACUUUCUACACCUAAGUUACAAUAUUUGAUAAAACAAGAAAAACCUGGUCGUCCAUAUUUUAUUUCAACUGUAAAGCCAUAUCUUGUAUCAUCAAUUAAGCCUCAUAAUGCAUAUUUAUCUUUCAAACAAUCAACAUUAAAACCAUUAACAACUUUAGCUAAUGAACAACUGGCAGCUCUUCAACAUUACUGGAACCAUCCAUCGACAGAAUUUUAUUUACAUUCAACUCCAAGACCAACAUCGUUCUCAAAUCUUCCAAAGCUUGAAAACUUAUUUGCACAAACAUUAAGACCAUCGGUGCAAUCUACAGUAAAUCAAAAUAACGCAAUUACUACCAAAGAUACAGUCACUUCUAUACCGAAACAACCAGCAAAGCGAAGACCGAUUCCCAAACCAUCUCCCGAAAUGGCCGACUAUUACUACGACGAUGAAGAUGAGCAAUAUUAUGAACCGCCAGUCAAAUCAAUUUACAUGCCCAGUUCCGAGAUAAAACCACAAAGACCACCGAUGGCUCAAAAUUAUCAAGAAUAUGAUGACACUGAGAGUUACGAAAGUGAUGAAGAUGAACGAACAGUUCAUAUUACUCCCCAACGACCAAAUUAUCGUCAACCGUCUAAUUAUAAAACAGAAUCAGCCACUAAAAACCAUAAUGAUGUUUCCGUUGUUACAAAAGCUCCUCACAAAGAGCGACAAAAGACUAAAAUACCCGUUCCGGUCAUGGUAGAUUUUGUAACGCCUGCACCAACAGUAUUGAUGCGCCCUGAAGUAUCAAACUAUGAAAUCAUUCACCAUUCACCUAGGAAUAAGACGUUCCACAUAAAAAAACCUGGACCUUUUACUGCUAGACCUCCAAAAUAUUUAAAUCAGACUACUCUAAGACCAUACACAGUUAGGCAUAGGCUGGCUAUACCCACUACCGUAAAAGAAACUACUCGAACUGAAGACAACAAGCAGAAUAGAGGCAGGAUACGACACCACAACCUGGUAGCCCAGACGAAGAUGACUACUCCUCGUGACAAUCAUAACCAGGAGACUCGAUUUACUAAGACUAGACACGAUGACAAGACAAACAGCUUGGAACCUGUUAACAACGUAACUCCAGCCACAUACACCGCCAGCCCACGUCCUAAAAUGCUGUAUAAUGGAACUCAAAAUUACUCUCCUGACCAAUUUGAUCCAUACUACGCCGUUUACGAUGAAGAUGGUGAAUUAUAUAAAGACACAGAUUAUGUUCAGCAAUAUAACACGGCCUCGCUCCGCCCUGCAGUGCAGCAAACCUACCGCGGCACCCCGCCCCCGGCCAGGAGACCUGAGCCCGUGCAGUAUACGCAGAGACCGUCCGCUGACGACUAUGAUGACACACUUAUCCAAGGACAGAUAAACAACCAGAAUCAAUACCAAGCACCGGUCCGUCAAUCAACAAGGGGCGAAGGUAACGAAUUGGGUUACGAACACCCUAGCAGUGUGAAGACGACGAUUUACGAAGCUACCUCUAUUAGCACUACUCCUACGACAAGCACUAGCACAACCACAACAUAUCGCCCUACUACUGCACCCUUCACCGAAGCAAUGACCCCGUCUAGAUACUCUCCAAGAUCAUCCACAGAUGAGAACCUUAACCUCAAUCCUAAUAAUUCCUCAGACCAAAACCCUUCUGACGGGUCCCCUAUGACAGUUCCCAUUUCAAACCCUAUAAUAAACCUUUCAUCCUUUGCUAAGCCCUUUGAAAAGACUGAUAAUACUCAUAGGUUGAAAGAAAACUUACCAUCUGAAAAACUGACCCAUAGACAUUCUCCUCGAGUGACUAACAAAAACAAUAAUAUUCCGGUGGAAGUGGUGAAAACCUCUUCUAAUGAAAAUAAAAAGGUUGUUUCCCUAACUACUGGGUUCUCGAUUAGGCGAAACCCCAAUAAUACUAAUAAUCCCUACACAUUGACAGUUCUGACCCGGCCUUUUGAUAAUUACCAUAAUAGUCGAAAGCAUAUCACGCCCGAAGAAAAAACAAAACAACAAGUAACAGAAACAAGACACGAUGAGUUAGAAAAUGUUCAAAAACCAGUAGAAUCACUCAUUGAUGAGGACAAUGUUGGAUCAUCAGAGAGUUCACUGCGUCGUUCUAGUAUUGAAGAGGAUAUACCUGUUUAUUCUAGACCCCAAAGUAGGCCAAAAACUUCAUACCAAUAUUCUAGAGAAGAUUAUGCGACACCGCCAACAACCACUACUAAAUAUUACCUCAAAACCGUUAUCAAACGACCGGCCCCAGCUCCUUUUACUUACAGCAACGACCAGAAAGAAAGCUCUACUGAAAAUACAAUUGACACGGAAGCAUUGAUUGAAACCGGACUUCGAAAUGUUAAAAAUACUCAGACUCAAUCAACUACUCCCAUAAAUAGAGAUUUGCCGGAUUGGGAACAAUACGAAACACAUAGUGAACAAUGGAAUAAACCUGUUGUUUCACCGUACAGAACCCUAAACAAUCUCAGAAACAAUGAGGAAAACAAUGAAGCAAUUGACUUUACAACCAGUACUGCUUCGACAACUAGAUAUACCACAACACAGAAAGUCAUUUUGAGUUCAACUGCUAAGCCUCAAGAAUUACUUAGUUCUAAACCUGCAUAUUAUAGUUAUAAAGUCGAUGAUGACGAAGUCUCUGAUCAAACUACCGAAGUAUUCAGUGGUAAAGUAAAAUCUGUCAUAAAAGCUUUUCUGAGCAAUUUCGGUGGAGCGUCAAGUACGGAGAGAGUAAAACAGAUAGUGAACACCGUUGCGCCUCAAGAAGAAAAAGUCGUAAACAUAGGUUUCCAAAAGAAAAUGCUGAAAUACAUAGAUGAGAAGCCUGCCCGCCAUCAUAUUCAACGUGUGCAUAUUAUAACAGAGCAACCGACUACGAGAUUUAGCCCUACAACUAUUGAUACUCCCAAUUAUACUCAAAGAGAUUUCGUAUCGACUCCUAGUCAAUCAAUUUCAAACAGAGGAACCUCCACUACAAUUACGCCUGCUUCUUCAAUUUUUGCUGAAUAUGCUGAAACUACGCCGACGCCAAUGUUGCAAACUCCAAGUAACAAUGUGUUACGCAACAUUCCCAACACAGAAUAUUCUGAUUCUAAAUUCAACAGUUUUAACAAUUAUGUAACAGAAAACACACAAAAAACUGUUAAACCACAGCCGGAAAAUUCCCGCAAAUUUCUUAAGAUUAUCGAAGAACCUUCCACAGAGUUGACAAAAAUUGACAGUACUUUCAAUAAUAACAUUGACAAUGAGGUAACAAAACUGACCAAAUCGACCGAACCAACUAAGACAACGACUGAGACAGAGCGUUACAGACAAGCUUCAGUCCUAAACGAAAUAGCUUCGACAACAAGUAGUACAAAAUCGACCACUACUUACAAAGUUGACGUGACGCCGACGAAAAAGAGUUUAUCCUUCCCCACUCGUGCCUCUCGAGUGAAUCCCGCAAUAAAGUUAGCUGCGACAAACCCGGGAGUUGGGCGCAGGAGUUACCAAUCGACGAAAUGCUCUUCAGACAACAGUCUGCAACCGAAUCCAAAAUGCAACGAAAUCAAAUACCAGAGACCCAGUCCCAGCCCAAGCCCCAGCAGUACCCGCGGUAGAGGGUCCGCUCACUACUCCACCUUGGAUCAGCCACAGUCCAACAGAGGAACCCCACCAACUCGCAGCCGCCCUACUUUAAAGCCAUCAACUGCCAUCGUGUCAAAGGCGACAGAGUUCGUGGACGUCUACACGAAUCCCCCGAGGAGACCAGCGCCUGUGUACCCGCAGCCGACUCCGGACAAGACUGCAGCUAAGUGUAGGAAGGACGUGUGCCUGCUACCUGACUGCUACUGCGGUGGAAAGGAUAUACCUGGCGACCUAGAGGUGGAGACGGUGCCCCAGAUCGUUCUUCUGACAUUCGAUGACUCCGUGAACGACCUCAACAAGGUCCUUUAUCAAGACCUCUUCGAAAAGGGUCGCGUGAACCCCAACGGUUGUCCGAUCUCAGCCACAUUUUAUGUCUCCCACGAAUGGACCGAUUACAGCCAAGUACAAAAUCUUUAUUCUGCUGGACAUGAGAUGGCUUCUCACACAAUUUCUCAUAGUUUUGGAGAGCAAUUCUCCCAAAAGAAAUGGAACAGAGAAGUGGGUGGACAGAGAGAGAUUUUAGCAGCAUACGGUGGUGUGAAAUUAGAGGAUGUCCGAGGAAUGAGAGCUCCGUUCCUCUCUGUCGGAGGAAACAAGAUGUUCAAGAUGUUGUACGAUUCUAACUUCACGUACGAUUCCUCGAUGCCUGUCUAUGAAAACAGACCACCUAGCUGGCCUUAUACUCUUGACUACAAACUGUUCCACGACUGCAUGAUCCCGCCUUGCCCUACAAAAUCAUAUCCAGGCGUCUGGGAAGUACCUAUGGUGAUGUGGCAAGAUUUGAAUGGUGGCCGUUGCUCUAUGGGUGAUGCCUGUGCUAAUCCUCCUGAAGCUGAAGGAGUCUAUAAAAUGCUUUUGAAGAACUUUGACAGACAUUACACUACAAACAGGGCACCCUUCGGUCUCUUCUACCACGCGGCGUGGUUCACGCAGCCCCACCACAAGGAGGGCUUCAUCAUGUUCCUGGACUUCAUCAACCGCAUGCAGGACGUGUGGAUCGUGACCAACUGGCAGGCGCUGCAGUGGGUGCGAGACCCCACGCCCAUCAACAGGAUCAACAACUUCCAGCCUUUCCAAUGCAACUACCAAGAUCGUCCCAAGAAGUGCAACAACCCUAAAGUGUGCAAUCUUUGGCAUAAAUCCGGCGUCCGGUACAUGAGGACGUGUCAGCCCUGUCCCGAGAUCUACCCCUGGACAGGCAAGACCGGCAUCAAAUCCUCUCGUAUCGACAACGAUAUUGAGGAAUAAACAACAAAUUACUCUAGAAUCGGUCACGCGGUCGAAACUGUCUAUUACGUUAGCCGCAGGAUUAUGAGGAUCAAAAAAUCUUAGAUCGUAUUGAAUGUCAAAACGUUAAAAUCGAACGUUAAUGAUAUGUCAAUGAAAACCUCAUAGAACAGCGGCAAUAUCUAACUUGAUCCUAAGGAUAAGACCAGUCAAUUUAUUAAACGCUACUUAAGCAAUACUGUUGUAUGCUUAAAUUGUAUAGCGGUAAGGAUCAAACUCUGUAUCUUGCAGUGAAAAUUGUUUUGUCACCAAUAGAGUGCCAUUUAGAUUUCGAUGGUCACAAAGCAAAUGUUAAUGUUAGAGUUAAACUUCUACCGCGUGCCGGAAUGUGAUUCGAUUGCAUUAGUUCAAUUUUGUUUAUCCUUCAUAACAACAACAAUCGUUGUAUUGGGAACUGUGAUAUUAAGUGUUUUCAAUCAUUUGGAGUGAAGUUAUCAACGAUUUUAUCAUAAUUAUUGUCACACUUAUUUUAUAUUGUAACAAUUUUAGUGCAAUCAUUAUUGCAAUAUUAUUUUCCUAUUUUGUGUUCGUAUGUACUAGUUAAUAAUACUGAAAUACUCUUUGAAUGACUAGAAGAGGCCUAGAUUAUAAUGUACCUUAAUUUAAAUAAGAAAGAGUGAUAAUCAAUGUUUAGUUUUCAGUAUUUGAACGACAUUCUGGUACAGAUUACCAUUUUCAUUUUUAUAUAUGAGAGCCAUAUUAAAAUUUAGAAAAUCAUAUUUUCUAAUCUUGCCAGCUUUGUGGUAGACACUGCCUUUUAAUAUAAAUUUGUAAAUAUAGAGUUAGUUUAGUCGGUACUUGUGUAUUAGCGUUCUUACACUG